AUGGCGGACGGUAUUGACAGACGUGCUGAUGACAAGAUGGAGUUCAACACCUCCAAGGAGGUCACAGUUGCUCCUACCUUCGAGGAUAUGCACUUGAAGGAGAGCUUGCUCCGUGGUGUCUACGCAUACGGUUACGAAUCCCCAUCUGCGGUCCAAUCCCGUGCGAUUGUGCAAAUCUGCAAAGGUCGCGACACCAUCGCCCAGGCGCAGUCCGGUACCGGUAAAACGGCUACAUUCUCGAUCAGUAUUCUCCAGGUUAUCGAUACCGUGGUUCGUGAAAGUCAAGCUCUUGUGCUUUCCCCGACUCGCGAACUUGCGACACAGAUUCAAUCCGUUAUCAUGGCCCUCGGUGACUACAUGAACGUUCAGUGCCACGCUUGUAUUGGAGGAACAAACAUUGGUGAAGAUAUUCGAAAGUUGGACUAUGGUCAACAUGUUGUGUCGGGUACACCAGGCCGAGUUGCGGACAUGAUCCGCAGACGCCAUUUGCGCACACGGCACAUCAAGAUGCUGGUUCUCGAUGAAGCCGACGAGCUUUUGAACCGAGGAUUCCGCGAACAGAUCUACGACGUUUACCGUUACCUUCCUCCUGCCACCCAAGUUGUCGUGGUUUCCGCUACCCUCCCGUACGACGUUCUUGAUAUGACCACCAAGUUCAUGACUGAUCCAGUGCGCGUCCUGGUCAAGCGUGAUGAAUUGACUUUGGAAGGCAUUAAGCAAUACUUCAUUGCUGUGGAGAAGGAAGAGUGGAAAUUCGAUACCCUUUGCGAUCUUUACGACACCUUGACCAUCACCCAGGCCGUUAUCUUCUGCAACACCCGCCGCAAGGUCGACUGGCUCACCGACAAGAUGCGUGAGGCCAACUUUACUGUCUCUAGCAUGCACGGUGAGAUGCCUCAGAAGGAGCGUGACAGCAUUAUGCAGGAUUUCCGACAGGGUAACUCUCGUGUGCUCAUCUCCACCGACGUGUGGGCCCGUGGUAUCGAUGUUCAGCAAGUGUCCUUGGUCAUUAACUACGAUCUGCCUACCAACCGUGAGAACUACAUCCACCGUAUCGGACGAAGUGGUCGUUUCGGCCGUAAGGGUGUUGCCAUCAACUUUGUCACCAGCGAUGAUGUCCGCAUUCUCCGUGACAUCGAACUUUACUACUCCACACAGAUCGAUGAGAUGCCUAUGAACGUUGCUGAUCUUCUCUCGUAA